AUGAUUUGGCGCGCUGCGCUUUCAACCCGGCUCUGUGACGCGUGCUGUGCUCGAGCCAUGCUGCUGCUGCACAUUUGCACAACACUCACCACACCACUCGUGACUAUUACGACCCUCUCCCCUCAUCUCACACCACGACUUCCAGGUUGCUAUUUUUGCUGUGGCCUAUGUCCGCGAGAUCGUCAGCGUGCAUCACCAGCCCUACUAGGACUCACCCUCUCGACACGCGCCAUCGUCAGUAACGCGAGUAGCGCUUGCAGCGGGGUGUGCCCAUCACCAUCCCCACUCGCAUUCAGAUAGGUGACAUUUACGACUGCAACUCGCUCUUGAAGCAGCGAGCACGUCCUUGACGAAUCGUUGAUCCAUCUCGCAAACGCUACGCAGACGACAUGGCUCCUCCUUCCUAUGGCGGAAGCGCCUCGGGGUCGUCUAGCCGCGUUUCAUCGUCCAUGCCCUCUCGACACCAUCGGGUGCAACCAGCGCCGCGCAUUCCCCCUCCGCCGCUCAUCCCUCCGACGAUCACAGACGCUCUAUCGCAGCUACCACCGCCUUCUCUCUGGCCGGGCCUGGCGCUGCAGUACCUUGUCAUCGAUCCUCUCCUUGCCUUGCUGGACAACAUUACCGCUCUCAUCUUGUCUCCCAAGACGCAUCGUUUGGUUCUGCGUCUUAGCGUGCUGGGAGGAAUUUGGACGACUGCAGUAGCGCUCGCCAUAGCUGGGUAUGUUGGCUUCUACAGAGCCUGGGUACCGCAUAUAGGUCACUCUUACGACGUAUGGCUGCAAUAUGGCAAGGAGGCGAUUCCUUCAGCCGACAUUGACUUGGCGAGAAUCAUGAGGGGCCAGUCGUUCGCUCGCGACCAAGAGUACGAUGUUAGCGUCGAUCUCGCCGUGCCUCUCAGUGCUGCAAACUUGGAUCUUGGCAAUUUCAUGGUCUCCAUUGAUCUCUUUUCGGCGGACGAUGCGCAGGCCUAUUCCAUCGCUCGUCCUGCACUUAUCACCUACAAUCCAGCGCCCAUGCGGGUUCUCCAAAACGUGGCUCAUUCUCUCACACGGCAGAGUUCACUCUCUUUGCCGCUUUCCACGAAUCCCACUGCACUCUUUACCGUGCCUCUGCUGCGACGAGCUAUCCUCUCUCCCGCUUCAUCUUCGCAUCCCUUCACCCCAUCUCCUGCUCAAGUAGUCAAGGCCAAGGUAAAGAUAGGAAGAGAAGACGCAGACAAGUAUUGGAGGUAUGGUGGAGGUCACGGCGUGGGUGGGCUGAGGACGGAUAUCGGUCCCGGAAGAGUCCUUGGCGUGACGGAAGGCUUCAGAAGCAGAGGGGAGCUUCAGACAUCCGCUGUCAGCUUGCGAAUCGACGCGCACUUGACAGGCCUGAGAUGGUUCAUGUAUCAUCGACCCGUCCUUUCCUUCGUCCUUUUCACGUCGCUUUUUCUCGCUUUUGAGCUCGUCUCGGCACUCACGCUAUGGGCGCUUGCAGCGCUGUACACUUCUAACCUGGUCGCGAUGCCGAAUCUAGCGGUGGAGGAGAACUACGUGGACCACCAGCGUCGCAGGAGACGUCGAGGAGGCAAUAGCAGCAGCGCGGAGGAUACUGCAAACGGCAACGGCGCCACCACGGCAGGCACGACCGACGGACUGACUCCGGGAGGCGUGUACGACGAGUCGACAAGUCCGCUCGACGACGACGCGGGCAGCGGCGGAGAGACAGAGACGGAAGCUCGGAACCGCGCCAGAAAUUUGUUGCAAGCGCGCGAGCAGCGCAGCCGAGCGAGUCUAAGAGCGCUGGACGAGCGCGAAGCUGCAGAGUCGAGGAGGGCGGAAGCGAUGAGGGAUUUUGCGGAGGGGAGACGAAUGACUGGCGUGCCUUCAUUGACGCACGAAGAGGAGAGGCUGCAAGCGGAGCGUGAACAGCAGGCUUUGCUCACCGAGAGGGAAUUGGAGCUCGAGAUGGGAAGCCGACGUGUGCUUGGCAGGCUGGACGAAGAGACUGAAGAGGAGACGGAUGUGGGUGGCAGCGAAGGGUAUGGACAGGGACGCGAGGGAGAGCAGGAUGAGCAGUCUGGUUCGGGUAAUGCUUGGGAAGAAAUCGACGCGGAAGAGGAGAGCGAAGAGAUGAAUGCUGAGCAGCAAAGGCGAGAGGGGCUGAGAAGGCGCGCCGCAAAGAGCUCCGAAGAGCAAGGAAGGGAGAGCACAGUUUCUGGAGUGAGUAGCGCAGCAGGCACGAUGCGCGCAAACAGCUGACAGGUGUAACUCACGCCCACUUGCGUAGUCUGCCACCUCGAGAGCAUCCUCUGUCACUUCAUUCGGCCCGAGCAUGGCAUCGUCUUCAAGAGGAACCUCGCUCGCCCCAUCGACGGCGGGGGCAGGUCCUUCUGGUGCGC